ACAAUCUAUGACGUAAUCCAUGAACAUGUAAACGCCAUGUCAACUAUGCAAAAGAGUUGUGGACCUUAUAAACAAACUUUCAACUUCGUGCGAGAGCAGCGCUGUACAGUAGAGAAUACAACCUGUUGCAGAGUUCUUCUCGCACCUGGGAUCAAAAAAAUUACUGCUGGGUUCUGGGUCCUAUUUUUCCCGUCGGCUUGUCAAGCGCAGAGAAAUACAGGUGAACAUAAGCGGGAUUUUCUCUCGCAUGUGUAAAACAAAAUGGCGGCCUAAAGGUGUUUAAAUAAAGGAAGUUAGCUAGCUAAACUUGUAAACAAAAUAAAUUAUUUUUGGUAAAAGAUGAAACCUCUUCUUCUUCAUGGACAUGAGCGUUCAAUCACGCAAAUUAAGUAUAACCGAGAAGGUGAUUUGUUGUUUUCAUCAGCAAAAGAUAAUCGACCUACAGUAUGGUAUUCUAUAAAUGGAGAGAGACUUGGUACAUUCAUGGGUCAUGGAGGAGCAGUGUGGUGUCUUGAUCCAAGUUGGGAUACAAAAUACCUGCUGACAGGCUCUGCAGAUAAUUCAGCGAAAAUAUGGGAUAUCGAAACGGGUAAAGACCUUGUUAAUUUUGAGACAGGUUCUGCUGUUCGUACAUGUAGUUUCUCGUACAGUGGUAAACAAUUGUUCUACUCGACUGAUCGAUCCAUGGGUCAAACAUGUGAAGUGCGAUUUUAUGAUGUAAAUGAUGCCUUGUCAGGAGGAACACCGUCUCCUUAUUUGACGAUUCCAGUUGAGGAUUCUAAAGUAACAGCUGCAGUGUGGGGACCUUUAGAUAAAUAUGUUAUCACAGGACACGAGAAUGGGACAAUAACAAAAUGGUGUAGUAAAACUGGAGAUAAACUACGAAGCGUGAAACCACAUGCAGAUAAAGUGAAUGAUAUGCAGAAAAGUGCUGAUGAAAUGAUGAUCAUCACAGCAUCAAAGGAUAAUUUUGCCAAGUUAUUCGAUAUUGAUAGUAUGCAGUCAUUAAAAACUUAUAAAACAGACCGACCAGUUAAUUCAGCAGCUAUUUCACCCAUUCGUGAUCAGGUUGUGCUUGGUGGCGGACAAGAAGCCAUGGAGGUGACCACAACAUCAACACGAACUGGAAAAUUUGAUGCCCGAUUUUUCCAUAUGAUAUUUGAAGAAGAAAUUGGACGCGUUAAAGGACAUUUUGGACCCAUCAACAGUUUAGCGUUUCACCCUGAUGGGAAAAGUUAUAGCAGCGGCGGUGAAGAUGGUUACGUUAGAAGUCAUGUUUUCGAUAAAUCGUAUUACGAGUUCGAAUUCGAAUAUUAGACGAAAAUACCAAUCGAAUUUACACAGCCGGCCAUUUUGUUUUUCAAGAACUUCUCUGUCAGCAUAAAGAAUGAUUAUUAUUAUUAUUAUUAUUAUUAUUUGUCAAUAUGAUUUAUUACGGUCUCUUUUUUCAUCAGAGCUGUCUAUAAAGCCUUCUUUUUUUAAAAAACCGAUUUUUUCGAUUCAUUUCUCGGCUCUGGUGUUGAAAAGUUGACUGCGCGUAAAUAUAUAUAUGACGAAAUAUAUUCUAAUAUGUGUCA